AUGAAAUCCAAUCGUCGGGGCGUAUCAAUCGUCGUGGGUGUACUGCUGAUUGUGGGUUUUGGCUUCUAUUGGAGAAUAUUUGGAUUUUAUAGCAUAACGCCAAUUGAGCUUUCACCUCAUGAAUCUGCCAUGAACGUUGCUCAUGUACCUGCUAUACAAUGGGACAAUUAUCAUGAGUUUGUUAGGGACAUAGAUUUCGAUAACAGUACUGCCAUUUUCAACUCCAUUCGUGCUGCUUUGAGGCAGUCUCCAUCAGAUAUCCACCCCGUCGGUGUAACUUAUUUCCCUGCCGUGAUUACCAAGGGAACUCUGAUGUACCACGCCGGACCAAAGAUACCAACUACUUUUGAGUGGUUGGCUAUGGACCAUGAAUUUAGCUACAGUUUUGGUUUGAGAGCCCCGUCCUAUGGAAGAAAAUCUUUGGAGAGAAUGCAUGGAGGGCCUGGCAAAGGUCCACAUGGGAAGCCUGGCAAGGGCGCACCUGGAGGUCUUGAUAAUGACACGUAUGGUGACCCUCCAAAAGGGGGAGGGGACAAACCCGGUUCGACUACGCAAAAAAUGCUUACUUUUAGAGCAGCAAGAGACCUGAACAAAUUCCUCUACCUUGAUGGAGCUUCUGCUGCGAAAACCGACUCAGGUGAAAUGGACACGCAGCUCAUGUUGUCUAAUGUUAUUAAGGAGAAAUUGAACCUUUCAGAUGAUGGUGAAAAUGAACGAAUGGUUGAACGACUCUAUGCAUCUAGAAUAUGCAAGUGGGGGAAACCAUUUGGACUAGAUGGAAUUAUCAGAGUAGAGGUCGGCUUUGAAGUGAUUCUGUGUGAUUUCUCAGCUGAUAAUGUAGAGCUUGUCUCUAUGCUUGACAUGGUUUAUCCGAAUGAGUAUCUAGGUUUGCCAUCACCAACUAUCAUAUCAAAGGAAGGAGGUUGGCCCAUAGAUGAGAGCGGAAAAUUGGUUGAAAGUCAACUAACGGAAGACCAAAAAGCGAUUCUUGACAGAGAAGAUGGUUGGGAGCAAGUUCUUUCUAACUUCAAUGCUGUUAAGGGCUUCAAUUGGUUAAGAGCAGGUGCAACACACGAUAAAGGGGAGCAUCGAAUUCACCUUGACUACAGGCACUUAGUGAGUGGCAUAAACAGGACUUACAUCAAUCCAGAUCCUAACAACAGAAGAUUACUCAACGAUGGAAUGCCAUGGGAAAAGCAAUUAGAAAUGGUCGAUGACCUCGAGAGGGCUUUGGAAGUGGGUUUUGAUGCCUCCCAAAGUAUGGAUUGGCAGUUGGCAUUGGAUGAACUUGUUAAUAAGUUUGCGCCAUUACUAAAAUCUGUCAGUAAUAUCCUAAAUACCAAUGAAGAUAUUAGCGAGUUGGUUGCCAUCAAUACAACAGCACUUACCUUAAACUUUUGUCUCAGAUUUGAGGCUGCAAGUAAUAAUAGUGAUCAAUUCGGUAGUGGAAGGGACUCUGCUGUCUACCAAUACGUGAGUCCAUAUCAAGACUUGGUAACUGAUGCCGACUUUCUGGUCUGGUCAUCCACUGUUAAUGUUGUCAGAAAAAUUGUUGAUGUUAUCUAUCAAGUUAAUGAUUUACUGGUACCCGAGGUUCAUUCUUAUAUGAAAGAUAAUAGAACCUCUAAUGAUGUGGCCAAGCAUGUUAAAAUUGCUCGCUCCGCUGUUGAUGGCUUGAUAGAAUCUCUAGGGUGGAUUGAGCUAAAUUACCGUUGCGAGAGGCAAUGUGAUUGGGAUGAAGUUUGCUAUACGCCUUCGUGGGGCCCAUCCCCAAUGGGCAUGGCUAACCCAGGUUCCCAGAAUGAGGGAUUUGGAACACACUUUGAUGAAUCGCGCCAGAGAUUGGUCAUCAACAAUGAACUGCAAUGCAUUAGCGUAAGCUACUUGCUAGCAAAUGGUAAUCGUUGA